CCCCAGUCUGUCUACCAAUUUAAAUACGACGAAGCCUACUUGCCAGGUCAGUUAUGUUCGUGUGAAGACAUCUUUAUUAUAUUUAGACUUGACGGGGACGGCGUCGUGAACGCUGAAUACAUUGUCUUCGUCAUGCAUUUCCUUCUAUCAGAAUAUCAACAUGUCUUCAGCAUCGUUCCGUAUCAUCUCUACCAUACGCUAUGACUCGCUGCUAUUGCAAUCCGAAGAGAACUCCUCACUGAGCUUCACUUCGCCAUCGCCAAUUUAUAUGCUGGUCUACCAUCGCGAUAGACUCAUGGAAGCAGCACAGCACUUCGAGUUCCCCGCCGUCGUCGAACGACUGCAAGAUGGGAAGUCAUUCCAUGAAGAUCUAUCCAAAGCAGUGCAAGACUGGAAAUCCCAUAGCAAACAAGGCGGCGAACAAGAUUCACCCCUGAAACUCCGGGUACUCUUCUCAAAAGACGGAACCCUCGCCGUCGAAUGCACACCAACGCCAGCACUGCCACUCACCUCACUCUACCCCCCAUCUCUCGACCCUCCGCGACGCAGCGACGUCUCGCGGCAAACUCGGCCCUUCAAACCAUCCCCACUGACAGGCGGAGCCCUGGACCUCGGACCCGCGCAGAGUCUGCCGACGCCCAAAGACGACCCCUGGACGUGGAAACUCAAGCUCGACACGGCUCCUACGUCGACCUGCCCUGCUACUCUGCUGAAAACCACGGCGCGGGACUUGUACAAUGUCUCCCGGUCUCGGGCCCUGCCCACCCACCCGACCGCCCCUACGAGGGUGGAGACGAUCAUGUAUAACGAAUGCAACGAGUUCACGGAAGGGUCCAUCACUUCUCUUUAUUUCUACCGCGGUGGACGAUGGGUAACUCCGCCGGUGGGUGUCCCCGCCGGCCAAUUGAGCGCAGAAACUCUGCAGAGCAGUGAGGAUGGGGAAAGAUGGGAUGAAGGGGAGUUGAGAAGGCCCUUUGCUGGACGGUGGGGCCAUAGCGUGAGGAGUUCAAAGGUUGGAGCCGGAGGACAGAGGGGUACGACGAGAAGAUGGGCUCUCUUGAAGGGGAUGUGCAUGGAAGAGCCGAUCAGCGUAGAUACUCUUGAGGUUGGAGAGGGGGUGUGGGUGAGCAACGGAGUGAUUGGAUUUGGGUUUGGUAGAGUUGUGGAAUAGUCAACAUACUAUACUACCUCACGGAUUAUGUAGUGAUUUAGAAAGGAUGCGUGGGUACAGUUUCUGUCGCUUUCCGAUCGUUUGGAAUGGCCAUUAUUAGUGACAGAUCUAUCUUCAUCCGCCCACGCUCUCCACGCUCUCCGAUGGCAGAAUCGACCGAUCGGUCGGACUACCUCUCUCAUGCCUGUCCAUGGUACAUAUACAUUAAGGUACAGUACGUACGCCAACGCCACUCUUCUCGGGAUGAAAAGAAUUCUAGAGACGGGGGGAGAGUCUAGGUGGGUGUGUUGUAAGUGAGAGAGUGCUGUGUGUUGUAAGAGAUUGUUGUGAGUGUUGUGAGAGAGUUUGUUGCGAGUGUUGUGAGAGAGUUUGUUGU